AUGCAGAGAUUCAUGUUUAGCCGCGUCGUGGAACAUCAACGUCAGAUAAGCCGAGGAUUUCUCAGUCUUGUACCAUCUCUAUCUCCCACUGCUGUUCCUGCUAUGUCUCGUUUCUUUCCGAAGAUUACUGCUUCUGAUUCCACUUCCUCGAUUCCCUUUUUUACUCCAGACUUCAUCAAUCCCAAGAAGACUCUUGAAGAGUCCCUUAACAACUUAGAAGGCCUAACAUGUAACCAAGCCGAAAGAGAGAUGUAUCUCUUUCCACAGAUUAAUCAACAACGCCUUCUCAACACCACUGGUUCUCGCUUCGGACAGGUUCUUGGAACUUGGCAGUUCAGAUGCACAAUUCUUCCGGCGAGAGUGAAUCGUGUGAGAGAGGUCCACGAGACUUCCAACAACGAAAAGAAACAACAAAAACAAAAAAGUUCCGUCAACGAAAAGAAACCAAAAAAAAAAAAAAAGAGUUCCAUCAGCGAUAUCCCAAGAAGAACAAAGUUUCAGAAACAUCAUCGAGGAAGAAUUAAUAAAGGAGUAUCUUCUCAGGGGUAUAUUUGUAGUAGAUAUGCUCUUCAAACACUUGAACCAGCUUGGAUCACUUCUAGACAAAUAGAAGCAGGACGACGAGCAAUGACACGAAAUAUAGGACGUGGUUUAACUGUUCGAGUUCAUAUAUUUGCAGACAAACCAGUUACAGUAAGACCUCCUGAAACGCGUAUGGGUCGUGGGAAAGGAGCUCCAGCGUUUUGGGUAGCUGUGGUUAAACCAGGUAAAAUCAUUUAUGAAAUGGGUGGUGUUUCCGAAAAAGUAGCUAGAGAAGCUAUUUCUAUAGCCGCAUCAAAGUUGCCUGCAAAAACCAAAUUCAUCAUUUCUAAAUAA